GUGGAGAUAGAUGCUAAUAGAUUCCUAUAUUGUUCUAUUCAGAUAUAAUAUAUAUAAGCACAACAUAUUUGUGUAAGUGUCUAGAAAACAUAACCAUGCAGUCGACAACUGUCGUUCAACCAAGAAUGCUUCCAGGCGUACCGACUCAGGAAAAACUUCGUCAGCAGUCGAUCUGUUUCCUUGUGAUGGGUAUAACAGUUUUUUUCGUCGGAAUCGGACUAAUCGUGGCUGGAAGUAUUUUUUUCAGUUUUUCAAUUAUUGGACCGGGAGCUGUAAUCCUCGUAUGGUCUAUAAUGUGCUUUAUUAUGGCAUACAGAAGGCACGUAUUAGCAAAAAAUCCCCCAGCUCAAAAUUUUUCUGUACCAAUCGCCCCUCCGCCGGCAGGUAUGGCUCAUAUCAACCAUCCUCCAGUCGUAUUUCAGCAAGGCACGACGAACCCCACUUCGCCACAAACAGGAUACUGGGGAGGACAGCCAACUCAAUAUGGCAUGGGACCUACUUUGCAAACGACUGCGCCGUAUCCAACUCAAGCUUAUACGAACAACGCUUCCGGUGGCGCACCUCCUCCUUAUCCCAUCAUGCCAGGAACGGAUCCGUCACAAACUCAGUAUUCAACUCCUUAUCCAGCACAGCCUGCAUUUUCUCCUCCUUCAUACGAAAGUGCCGUCGACAAAAAAUGAUAAUAUUUUACCGAAUAUGUUAUGAAUAAAAUUUUUCACGACAGUUUAUUGGAAGGUUCGUCAUAUUACACGAUACGUUUUUUUCGCCUGAAUCUCCACUGUUAUCGGACUGUACAGCUACAGUACAUAACAAACGAAAAGUUACGAUACGGAAGGUAAAUUCCGCAUUGAUCGAAAAAGCUAUGAAGUAAUUCAUUAUUGCCGUUUCUCCCUCUACAAGUUGCGUAGACAUCAUUUUAUUAAUUAAUAACAACAGUGAACUUCCUCUGACGAUAUGACAUACCUUUCCUACUGAAGAAAAUGAAUAAUCAUCGAAUCAACUUACCUAGAACAAUGAAUGCAGUGAGACACCAUGAAAUCGUCAACAAGAGCUUCACAUCAUUCUGCCUUCUGUGGCUUGAAUGUAUAUAUACAUGACAAUUUGAAACAAUACUAACAAUAUAUGAAUAACAAUAAAGUGGAGAAAAUAGAACAAACAGUCGCCAGCUCAUUUCACAUGGUGUCAAUUAAUUACAUGGACUUUUUUGCUAGAAAUGGUAGGUUGUAUAGUAUUCCAUCAAAAUGUCGAGUUUUCUAGAAAAGCCGAAACGGAAUAUAUAUGGGGGCGCCGAUGUUGCAUGAAGAACUAGAGAUGCCGAACAUAUAUAUACCUGUUCACUCGCAUGUAUACAUAUCGGAGUUCUAGAAAGUGCGAUUCCUUGCGAUAUUGCAAGCGAUUGCACCAACGUUUCAAGAGAUUGAUCAAAAAAUUCAAGUUUUCCAUUUUGAGUUAAUAGUGCGUAAUAGUAUAAUAUAUAAUCCAUAUUUUAAUGUUAUUGAUUCAUAUGCUGCAUUCCUGUUUAGUCAAACCUCCUUGUCCAGAUCAUUUAUAUAAAAUUUGUAUUGCAUUUUUUACGAUUUUAUUAUUGCAUUUUAAAUAUUGCGAAACUUAUAGAAGUGUAUUUUCUUUAUUUGCAUGUCACGAUGUCUUCAUAUGAUAUUUCACUACUUAUCAUUUAAUUUUAUAUCUGUUUUGAAUCAUUAUGUUUCCAGUUCUUAGAAAUAGAAUAUUUAAUAAUCAUUUCCGCUUUUUCAUCAGCAUGAAAUUGAUACAACGACUAUUUUAUGAAUUA